CUCGCAGCGCGCAAGGGAGUCUUCAUCCUUUCUCCGCGUCCCUCGCGGCCUCGCGGACACCGCAAGCACCACUAUCUGCGCGGCUGCUCCUGCCCCAGAAUUUCACCCAAUUCUUCCCAAAGUCUCGAAUCUACACGAACCUCCCGUUGAUCAAUUGCUACAUUUCGAACCUCUCAAUCUGGGACGCUGCUGGCAGCCCCGGAAACACUGGACAAUUCAAGAUCGCUCUGUAGAUGCAGUACUGGCCUCGAAGACGCAUUACACAGGAAGAAGGUUGAGAACAUGCCGAACCAAUAACACUGGUAGAAAAUAGGGAUCUGCGGGCCGAUGGGCACAAUCGACGCCAUGGCAGACGCUGGGGGAGAUGGGACUCUGCGACAGCUUGAACCACACUGGAAUCGCGGAAUGAUUGCUGCCUCCAUUGUUAUCUCUCUUCUUGGUGCAUUCACAUCUACCCAAUUGAUGUGCCAAGCCAGAGCCUCAAUUAGUUUCAAUGCCGUGCUUGUUUGGGUAUUACUUGCUAGCCUGACAUUUGGAUUCUGUUCAAUAUGGAGUCUUCAUUUUGUGGCAACGUUGGCAUACGAAUUGGAUAUUUCGAUUGGGAUCAACACAGCUUUAACAAUUCUCAGCUCUGCGCUGGCUGUCGUUUUCACCUUUGCAGCUUUGGGGUCUGACCUGCUAUGGGAAGUCUACCGCCGAGAACGAAAAAGGACAAAUGGGAAACGUAGGAGGAGGAAGUUGCCAAAUGGCUUGGGAAGUCGACCACGAGGACAAGCCUCGGACCUCGACUCCAGACCACUCCUCACUCAGUCAGAGGACCUCGAUGAUUUCUCGCCAGGGCCCACCUCCGGCCCGAACCCGUUUGAGCUGGAGGGAGUUGAAGUGGAGGACAGCGCACCCGUCCCGGAAAAUCACCAAUUCCCGCCUUCUCUCGCACGACAGAAUUCAACAGGCAGCACAUCAACAAGAAAGAUAUCUACUUUGCCAGUGCUCGGGUCUUCCAAUCAUAGCUUGAUCCGACACUCAGAUGACAACCAAGAACUAGGGAACGCGGACAGUACGACAGAUUUCACAGACUCGGGCGACCACUCAACUUCAGGGCGGUCUUCCUCAUUGUUGGGUUCCAGUUCUGCCUCUACGUUCGCGCUUAGCAGUAUUGUGAACAUUGCGUAUCUCACCACAUCUCCAGCCAAGAAUAUUUUCUUUUUGACUGGAGAAACACUGUAUUUGGGCUGUACGUGGAAGAACAUCACAAAGGGAUUUGUAUGGUCUCUCGCCAUUACCAGCAUGCAUUACGCUGGGAUUAAUGCUCUAAGAAUUCCUAGUGGCUAUUGCACACUAAAUUACGCCUUCGUGGCACUAUCUGGCAUAAUUAGUUGGCUUGUAUGCAUCGUGGGGUGUAUCCUGAUGUCUCAAAUGGAGACGCAUUUGGGCCAACAAUUCCUCUUCUCCAUUGCAGCAACAACAGGAGUUGCCGCCAUGCAUUUUACUGGAAUGGCAGCUGCAACAUUCUGGACUAAAUCACCACCGACGGAAGCAAGAGGCUAUCCACCUAUCCUAGCAACUGCUGUAGUUAGUAUCGCAAUUGCAACUUGCAUUGCGGCUAAUGGCCUCCUAGCCCAUGCUGUAACAGUUUCUCGAAACAAGCUGGCAGAGGUCGUAUCGACACGCAAGAAGUUGUGGAGGACUAUUGCCCAAAAAGAGAAUGCUGAAGCCGCAGCCGCAGCGAGAAGCGAUUUUAUUGCUUCUGCAUCUCACGAAAUCAGGACUCCGCUACAUCACCUCCAAGGAUACAGUGACCUGCUCUCGCAGACGGAAUUAACCGAGGAAGGCCGUUUGCUACUGCAUUCCAUUCAACGAGCUACUAAAACUUUAUCAUUGAUCACAAAUAACGUCUUGGAUUGGUCGAAAUUGGAAAGUGACUCUGAAUCUAUAGCCCGCCCUGUCGCUCUCGACAUCAGAACCGUCUGCGAAGCAAUUCUUGUGUUGCUACCUAAUAAAGAUGAUGAAGCAGAGGUGGAAACAAUGGUCGUUGUCAAGCCCAACGUUCCAAAGUCAAUCUUCCUGGAUGAGACUUACAUUCAUCGAAUCUUGAUGAACCUUCUCUCCAAUGCGCUAAAAUUCACAAGAUCUGGUUACAUUAUGUUACUAGUUGAGUUUGAAGAAGGCAAGCUUGUGGCUACUGUGAAAGACACUGGGCCCGGGGUGCCUCCAUCUUUUUUACCUCAACUUUUUGAGCCAUUCAAACAAGCUCAGACGAGAGGCUCGCAGAGAGGAACGGGGCUCGGCCUGAGCAUCGUCAAACAGUUGCUCCAUAACAUGAACGGCAGCAUUACUGUCGAGAGCAGACAUCCCGAGGUCGAGGGAGUCGAGCCAGGACGGACUGGCAGUACAUUUGCCAUAUCUAUUCCCGUGCAAUCUGGUACGGAGGUUAACUCGGCCGACGUGCAAAAGCCCGCGAAAAUUGCAAUUCUCCACGGUGGCAAUGAACGAGCUAUCGAAGGGCUUCGAAUUGCCUGGGAGAAAUUCGGAUUUGAGGUCGUCAUAACACAUAACACUGCGGCUCUAGCGGGUGUUGACUGGAAGUAUAUAUGGGCAGAUCUUCCGUUCCUGAAGGCCAAUCCGGCUUGUCUACAGGCCCUUUUGAAACAGGAUUCAUGGAGAGUCCUCGUCCCAUACGAUACUCUCCAUCCGAUACAUCAGAUUCCAGAACUUGAAUCUGCUCUACAAUUUGUUCCACUACCGAGGCCAUUGAUAUGGCAUACGUUUUCACAUCGUAUGGCUGCAGCAAAACAAGGGCCGAUGAAAACCGAGGUUUCAAGGACGGUAAGGUUCGCACCGACGGUCAAUUUUGUAAAUGAAAAUGACAAAGCACAAACACCAAAAUCGACUGCAAAGAACUUUGUUAUCCUGCUCGUUGAAGACAACCCGAUUAAUCAAAAGCUCGGCCGAAAGAUGUUGACCUCCCUUGGAUACAGGGUCUGGCUCGCAGAAAACGGCCAAGAAGCGAUCGGUCAAAUCCUAGAGAACGACUCUGCCAUAGAUGCGAUACUUAUGGACCAGUCUAUGCCUGUGAAGGAUGGAAUCAUGGCCACAAAGGAGAUUCGAGAGAUGGAGGCAGCCGGUGCCCUUUCCCGACGACAUCCGAUCAUUGCUCUGACGGCGGUCGUGAGUUCUGAAGCACAGGCGUUGUUCAAGUCUGCUGGCGCUGAUGACUUUCUUGCUAAGCCACUUUCUUUGGCUAAGCUCGAGCACACGUUGGCUAUUCAUCUGCCUGUAAAGCGGAGGUGAACUAGCAGGUUGACAAGCAAAGGCCGAAAAUUUGUCAUUCUUGCGGGGGCUUACUAUGGCAGUACCGCUCACGUAUCAGGAAAUUCCCUGCGAGCUGGUUGAGUAAUGUCUGCCUUGAAAUGAUAAAUCCCAGUCU